AUGGUUGUACCCACCCCCCACUUCCUUCUCUGGGCCUUCAGGGAGAUGGUGGCCUUGGCCUGCAAGAUGCACCUACAGGUUCCUUUGAGUUUCUCCUCUUUCUCUGUCACCAUGGCUCCCACUUCAUUUAUCCAGUCCAAUGAAAUCUCCAGCAGCCAAGAAGAGGAAGUUUCAUUCCCCUAUCAGGAGCAGGAACACCAUAGGUCCUUGUUGGAAAACCCACUGGAUCAGCAGAUGGCUGAUCUGGUGCAGUUCCUGCUUCUCAAGUAUCGAAUGAAGGAGCUGACCACCAAGACCGAAAUGCUGAGUAGUGUCAUCAAAAAUAACCAGGAUGACUUCCCUGUGAUCUUCAGUGUAGCCUCUGAGUACAUGCAUCUGGUCUUUGGUAUUCAUGUAAAGGAGGUAGACCCCUCUAGCCACUCAUAUGCCAUUGUUAAUGCUUUGGGUCUCACCUGUGCUGGGUUGGUGGGCGAUGAUCAGAGCAUGCCCAAAACGGGCCUUCUGAUAAUGGUUCUGUGCAUCAUCUUCAUGGAGGGUGACCAUGCCACUGAGGAGGUUGUCUGGAAUGCACUGAGUAUGAUGGGUGUGCAUGCUGGGAGGGAACACUUCAUCUAUGGGGAGCCUAGAAAGCUCAUCACUGAAGAUUUGGUGCAGGAACAGUACUUGGAGUAUCGCCAGGUACCUGGUAGUGAUCCUGCUUUCUAUGAGUUCCUUUGGGGUCCAAGGGCACGUGCUGAAACCAGCAAGAUGAAAGUCCUGGAGUACUGGGCCCAGGUCCAUGGGAGUGACCCUAGGUCCUACCCUUUCCUGUAUGAAAAGGCUUUGAAAGAUGAGGCAGAGUGUGCUGAAGUAUCAAAUGUAGCCAGGGCCACUAGAGUGCCCAGGGGACAGCCCAGGACCAGGAAACAUGGCAGGGCCGCAUCCCGAAGCUUCCACACCCCCAUGUGA